CCCUUUGCUAACGCCUUCAGCCUUCUUAGUUCUCUCUCUCUCUGCUGCGAUCCCUUCCACCGGCGGUAGCUUCCUCCCUGAGUGUCCGGCGACCGGUGUUGGCACUUGGCUGCGAUCGUCUUCUUCCGGCUGCAUCAAAUUAGUUCAGCCAUUGCCUUUCCUUGCAUAGCAGAAGGAUUUCCUUGUGCGUGGAACUUGACCCACUCGGUUGCCUGCAGAAAGCGAGAGCAAGUGCUGCCACUCUUUGUACCCAAGGUUGUUGCAACAAUCAUGCCUGAGGAUUAUCGAUACAUGAAGGGAGCUUUACAGUAACAAUUUAAGUGGUGCAGUACCUAAUGAACUUGGGAAUCUUUCAAGCCUGGUUAGUUUGGAUCUUUACUUGAACAAGUUCGUUGGACCCAUUCCUAGCACUUUGGGCAAGCUUACAAAGCUGCGAUUCCUGAGAAAAGCUUGAGCAGGAGGGAAGAACACUAGUUUGAAGAAUGACAAAUUUAGGAAGAAAUAUCAUUGAUAAGGGCAAACAAGUAUGUGAUUCGAGACAGAGUUCAGAUGAUGUCCCAAACGGAGUACAUUCCUCUAAUGAAACUCCUAUGGAUUCGCAAGACACUGAAAAUGAAGGAGUUUCAAUAGAUGCUCCUGAAGUAUGUAUAAGUGGUGCAAAAAGAUCAAGGUCAAAGACUUCAUCAAUAUGGAAUGAUUUUGAUGAGGCCAUUAUAAAUGGUAUCAAAAAAGGAAAAUGUAAGUACUGCAGUACACUAUUUUUAAUAAGUGCAGGAGGAUCUACAUCAUCAAUGAGAAGACACAAAUGUUUGACACGUUUUGCUAACAAAAAACAAACGAUUUUAAGUUUUAAAUCUGAGAAUACUUCUGAUGUCACGAAGAAGCUUAUGGAAAUAAGUUCCAACAUCAAUGCUCAGGCAAUAAGAGAGAUAAUUGCAAAACUAGUGGCAACCGGAGAACAUGUUUUUUCCAUAGUAGAUAAUUGUUGGUUUAGAUUCCUUCUUAGGCUUGGUUUUCCUAAUUGGGUGCCAGUUUCAAGAACGACAGUUAAGAGAGAUGUUAUGAAAUUAUAUGAAGAUGAAAAGAAAAAAUUGCUUCAUGUCUUGAAGGGUGUUGAUAAGAUUGCUUUGACUACAGAUAUGUGGACGUCAAACCAACAACUUAGAUAUAUGGCAUUAACAGCACAUUUCAUUGAUAAAGAGUGGAAUAUGCAACAACGUAUCAUCAACUUUACUGAAGUUGAGCCACCUCAUACUGGGUUAGUUUUAGCAAAUGUAAUUGCUAAGCAUCUUGCAGAGUGAGAGAUUAAAAAAAAUAAUAUCCAUUACAGUUGACAACACUUCAUCAAACGAUGUUCUUGCUAGAAAAUUAAAAGAUAACAUGGAAAAAAGUGGUAUCAGCUUGUAUUAUGGAGGUAAAUUUUUUCAUGUGCGAUGUGGUGCACAUAUUUUGAAUCUGAUGGUACAAGAUGGGUUGAGUGCCAUUAAAGAUGAAAUCAUUAGCAUUAGAGAUGCAAUUAAAUAUAUCAAAAUGUCACCUUCAAGACUCCAUGGUUUUGCUGCUGCAGCUAGAGAGUUGGAUCUUUCAACGACAAAGAAGUUUGUGUUAGAUGUACCAACUCGAUGGAAUUCAACAUAUUUUAUGUUGGAAACAGCUCUUGCAUAUAAAGAUGCUUUUGCAAGGUAUAGCAUGGAAGACCCAGGUUUUGUAUGGUUGCUUGGACCUAAGGAUUGGGAAAAAAUAGCAGUGGUAUGUGAUUUUCUUCAGGUUUUCUAUGAUGUGUCCACCUUAUUUUCUGGGUCAUCGUAUGCAACAGCAAACUUAUAUUUUCUUGAAAUUUGGAGAGUUAAAGAAAUAUUGCAGGAAAAGGUUGAAAAUGAAGGUGGGUUUAUGAAGGCAAUGGCAGUGAAAAUGAAGGAGAAAUUUGAUAAAUAUUGGAAAUCUUGUAACUUGUUAAUGAUUAUUGCAUCCAUAUUAGAUCCACGCGUGAAACUCACAUUAUCAGAAUUUUUUUUUUCAAGAAUUUACCAGUCAAGAGAAGAAAGGGAAGAACAAAUGCAAAUAAUAAAACAAUCUUUACAAGAUGUUUAUGAAAGUUACAUUCAAAGAAAUGAAGUGGAUGUCAAUAUUUCUACUGCAUCAACUACUUCCUCUAGUAUUCAAGGUCGAGAGAGUCGAGACGCCCCACGUAGUGGAACAGAGCUAUUUUUUGAGUUCUUAGGUAAAGCUGAGAAUGUUGCUUUUCAGGUCACCAAAUCUGAGAUAGACACAUAUUUGGAGGAUGGAUUGAUUAAGCAUGAUGAUAAUGGUGAUGAAGAUUCUUUCAAUAUUUUGCAAUGGUGGAAGGAUAAGGAAUCUAAGUAUCGAAUUCUUUCACAAAUGGCGCGUGAUCUGUUGUCAAUUCCAAUAACUUCUGUUGCUUCAGAAAAAGCUUUCAGUACAGGAGGUCGAAUUAUUAAUGAUAGUUGUAGUUCAUUGAUGCCAAAAACAGUUGAAGCUUUGGUUUGUUUGGGUAAUUGGGUAAAGAAUGAUGAUGAUCCAAUGCAUGAAGUUUUAACAAAAGUUGAGGAUGAAUCAAGUGAAUAUAUAUCAUUAGAAUGAUUCAAGUUAUCUCUUGUUGCCUCUUGUAGUUUUCUGCUUUGAUGUCCAAUGUUCAUGACUCAUGAUUGUGUGAAGAGCUUCUAUAUGAAGUGAGUAUGUGAAUUCGAGUUAGUGGAGGUGGCUGUUAUUGUGGCUAGAGGAAGGGAUGAUUUAUUUUCAAGUUUUGGUUCCUUGAGAGUUGAGAGGAGUGAGGGUUCUCAAAACAUUUGUUCACUUAUUUUUACAUACUUAUGAACAAGCUAAUUAUGUUUAAGUCCCAUUCAUUUGGAAUGAAUUUGAUGGACUAAUUUUCUGCACUGUCAUUUUAUUUGUUUAUGAUACACUCUAUGAAACUUUGUAACUUGUAAGUUCAGAAGUCCAUCAGGGACCUGCUGUUCUUAGAAUCGCUAUGGUUGUGAACUUGCGAUGGCUGAGGAAUUGGGACUUGAGAUGGCAAUUCGCUCAUAUGUGAAAGGUGGCAAAACAUCUAUACCUGUUCAACAACUUUCUGCCUGCACGUUGAAUGCUUUCCAAGCAACUGAUGAGUGAUGACUCAUCUAUUGCAUGUAUGUGGUCUAUUAGUAAUGUACUAUUGUUGGUAGUCUGGUGCUGCUGUUGCAUACUAAGAUAUUGAUUCAUAUGUGGUCCUCAUGGAAAACCAAGUUGCCAAAGGAAAGUUGGUCUAUUAUUGUUCACGUGUCUCCAGCAUGUGAUUGAGUUCUGGUAAGUUAUUUACAGUGAGUUCCAAAUGUGUGUGUGUGUUACUUAUAUUUCAUUCUUCUUGUGAUUUGCAAUGUAUAAUUUUUCUUUAUUAUUAUUACUAGGCCCAAUUUGAGUAAGUCAUGGUUUUUAACUCAAUUGUAUCAGCUAAAUGCUUAUGUGGACUUCAUUGCUUUCAAACGGGCUCCUUCUUUUGUUAGUACUCCUACAAACUGUAAAAAGACUUUUAGAUUUCACGUUUGGUGCAUGCCUUUACAUAAUUUUGACUGAAGAUAUACAUUUAAAGGUGUAACUUUUGCCACUAAAUUUGAACGAUUGGUCACUUCAUCUUUGCAGGUCUGGAGAUUGGUGGUGAAAUGAAUCUGACUUCUGGAAUUCAAGUGGCUCAACUAGCACUUAAACAUCGCCAGAACAAAAAGCAGCAACAGCGAAUCAUAGUAUUUGCUGGAAGGUUUGUGUAACUAACAUAAUUUGACAUACCAUGAAAAGUCUUUCGUAUUCAUUUUCUGCUUGAAAUUCUGUGGUUGUAGUCCAAUUAAACAUGAUAAAAAAAAGUCUUGGAGGCAAUUGGAAAGAAGUUGAAAAAGAAUAGUGUUGCUCUUGUCAUAGUUGGGUUGAGUCACUGGGUUACACUAAUCAGCGUCAACACAAGUUUGUGUCAGAAGAUAGAUUCAUUGGUUGAAUCCCUUAAUUGAAUGAGAUUAUGUUUUUUGCUAAAUACUUACAGUGAUGAUAAGACUGGUUCAUGAGUUCAUUGAAAAGGUCAAGGCCCAUAUCAUGAUUGGCAGUACAGUACUCGUUUUCCCUAGCUUUUAUCUUGAUGAAACUCACUUAAGGCGUUGAUUAAACCAGAGAUCCUGAGGAGUCAAGGGCCUGCCAAGUUCCAGUUUAGCACAUGACAGAAAGCGUAAAAGCUGAACUCAUCCUUUAAACUUUUUGGGCCUUUUUCCAUGUAUCUUAUCUAACAGUUUGAUGAAGCUUGAAUUGGUAUAUUAUGUUCCUAAAGUUACGAUAUUAUUGCCCUAAAAUGUAGACAUGAAAGUGCUCAGCAUGCGGGCCCCAACAACAGAUUUGGUUUGUAGGUGAUUGUGAUUGAUGGCCGGUCAAAGUUGUAGAUCAGUUGAGAUUAUGUAUCUCAAGUUCUCAACUGAUUAACUUGGUUAUUGGGCACCUACAACACACAUAUUCUUUUGAUAGUAUUCCUUGCGGUUGUUUCGAUGCUGCUAGCGGGUUUCUUCAUAUACCAUGCUCAUCUCUGUCUGUCAAACACCACGACUAAUGAGACUUUUAAGUGGGCAGACUACAUAAGCUGGAAGACCCGAGUAAACAAGGCUAAGGCAAGCAGCGCAGCCCUCAAGGAGGGUGGGUGCUUGGAGGGGUGGCUUAGUGUAUGGCAAAAGCCGUUUCCAAGAAAGAAGGUGCAUCUGGCCCUUCUCUGCCUUCCGGUGGGAGGAGGAGGAAGCUGCUGCUUCUAAGGAGAACCUAUAUGAUCAACGGAUGUCGUAUAAUUUGUUUGAGAUCAUUUGUCCACUAUCAGAAAGAGCCUCUUUUUCACGGAGGAAAGCACCGUGAUGCCCACUUCAUGCUGGGACCUAGGCACUCAGAUGAUCCAUUUUUUUGGCACCAUGUUUUUUUCAUAUUUUGAGUUUGGGACCUAGGCAAUCGUCAAAAUUUGAUGGUGAUGGUUACAAUCUGCUUCCUGGUUGGAUCAUGGUGUCCACCUCCAUGUGCUAUGGUGAUUGCCUUGGCAAUGCUGGCUCGUGACGAGUUGGGCAUGACCUAUGGACUAUGGUGAUGUUCUGGCCACAGACGUUCUUGUAAAUUUACUACUACCGAGCAUUUGUAUGUGUCAAAUGAUGUUAAUAUAUGUGUCAAAUGAUGUUAAUAUAUGGCGUGGAGUUAAUCGAGCUUAAA